ACUCUGCUGCUUUCACCUGGCUGCCUCAACCUCAGCCACACACCAAUUUCAAGCCUCCUUCUUCCAAUAUCAGCUUGGAAAUGGAAUACUCAGUGGAUUCAAUUGUGCUGGAAGGUGGCCCUUCAAAGCGGUUGAGGACUGAAUCAUGUGCAUCUGGAACCAAGGCAUGUCGAGAGAAAUUGCGAAGGGACAAACUGAAUGAGAGGUUUCUGGAACUGAGUUCCAUCUUGGAGCCUGGUAGCAUGCAGCCCAAAACCGACAAGGUUGCCAUAUUAAGUGAUGCCGUCCGAGUCGUAAACCAAUUAAGAGAUGAAGCAGAGAAGCUGAAGGAAAUGAAUGAUGAAAUGCUUGAAAAAAUUAAAGAGCUCAAGGCUGAGAAGAAUGAGCUUCGGGAUGAGAAAAAUAGGCUCAAGGUAGAGAGAGAGAAGUUGGAGCAGCAAUUCAAGAUGACAAAUGUUCAGCCAAGCUUCCUCCAUCAUGCUCCGGCCGCCACGAAAGCACAAGGUGCUAGCCAAAAGCUGAUACCCUUCAUAGGUUACCCUGGCAUAGCCAUGUGGCAGUUUAUGCCCCCAGCUGCAGUUGAUACAUCAAAGGAUCAUCUCCUUCGUCCACCAGUGGCAUAAUAGAGUGGUUAGAGCAUCCACUUCAUUGUUUUGUGUUUGUUAAAACAUAUAUCAAUGUCUAAGUUGUGUGGAUUGUGAACUGUGUGUGUGUGUGCUUACCAAUAAUGUAAGCCUAAAAGUGUGUUGUGAAGCAUUUCAAUAAGGUGAACUUGUAUUGUAUUACUUUUGAAUUUGUGAUGCUAUCAUAAUUAAAUGGUUUUCUGUUGUGUAUUA